AUGCUUUCCAAGAUUCUUUUUGUUGCUCUGGCAUUACUUGCCGCCGCCUCUGCCGCUGAUAAGGUGAAGGCCUCUCUUUAUUUCGAAUCCUAUUGCCCUGGCUGCGAGUAUUUCAUUACUCAUAGCUUGGUUGAACUUCAUGAGACCGAGGAUUUGAUGGCUAUUACCGAUUUGGAACUCGUUCCUUAUGGAAAUGCCCGUGUUAUUACUCGUGAUCCUCCCACUUUCCAGUGCCAGCAUGGUGAUAAGGAGUGCUAUGGAAACUACAUUGAGCUUUGCUCUCAGGAGCACUAUCCUGAGAAGUGGUGGCCUUUCAUUCUCUGCCAGGAGACUUCUGUUGAUUUCUCUGACGAGGGUGUUGAGAAGUGUGCUGCUGCUGCUGGAGUGGAUGCUCAGGUGAUUCUCUCUUGUGCUAAGGGUACUGAGGGACCUGCUCUUCAUCUGGUUGCUGCUGAUAAGACUCCUGCUGAUCACAAAUGGGUCCCUUGGAUUGUUGUCGAUGGCAAGGUCUUGGAACACACCACCGAUUUCUUCAAGGCUAUCUGUGAAGCUUAUAAGGGAGAGAAGCCUGAGUCCUGCGGCAAGUAUGAGGCGAACGAAGCCCCUAAGGUGAAGGCUACUCUCUAUUUCGAGUCCUAUUGCCCUGGCUGCGAGUAUUUCAUCACCAACGAGCUUGUGAAGCUUCAUGAGACUGAGGAUUUGAUGGCUAUUACCGAUUUGGAACUCGUUCCUUAUGGAAAUGCUCAUGUUAUUACUCGUGAUCCUCCCACUUUCCAGUGCCAGCAUGGUGAUAAGGAGUGCUAUGGAAACUACAUUGAGCUUUGCUCUCAGGAGCACUAUCCUGAGAAGUGGUGGCCUUUCAUUCUCUGCCAGGAGACUUCUGUUGAUUUCUCUGACGAGGGUGUUGAGAAGUGUGCUGCUGCUGCUGGAGUGGAUGCUCAGGUGAUUCUCUCUUGUGCUAAGGGUACUGAGGGACCUGCUCUUCAUCUGGUUGCUGCUGAUAAGACUCCUGCUGAUCACAAAUGGGUCCCUUGGGUGGUCGUUGAUGGUAAGGUGAUGGGUGAGAGUGACGACUUCUUCCAAAUGAUUUGCGAUGCUUAUAAGGGAGAGAAGCCUGCUUCCUGCAAGAAGGCUCAGAAGAACGAAGCUCCUAAGGUGAAGGCUACUCUCUAUUUCGAGUCCUAUUGCCCUGGCUGCGAGUAUUUCAUCACCAACGAGCUUGUGAAGCUUCAUGAGACUGAGGAUUUGAUGGCUAUUACCGAUUUGGAACUCGUUCCUUAUGGAAAUGCCCGUGUUAUUACUCGUGAUCCUCCCACUUUCCAGUGCCAGCAUGGUGAUAAGGAGUGCUAUGGAAACUACAUUGAGCUUUGCUCUCAGGAGCACUAUCCUGAGAAGUGGUGGCCUUUCAUUCUCUGCCAGGAGACUUCUGUUGAUUUCUCUGACGAGGGUGUUGAGAAGUGUGCUGCUGCUGCUGGAGUGGAUGCUCAGGUGAUCCUUUCUUGUGCUAAGGGUACUGAGGGACCUGCUCUUCAUCUGAUUGCUGCUGAUAAGACCCCUGCUGAUCACAAAUGGGUCCCUUGGGUGGUCGUUGAUGGUAAGGUGAUGGGUGAGAGUGACGACUUCUUCCAAAUGAUUUGCGAUGCUUAUAAGGGAGAGAAGCCUGCUUCCUGCAAGUAAUGUAUCUGAACACUUG